CCACAGAGGAGGAGGAAGAAGAAGAAGAAGAAGAAGAAGAAGAAGAAGAAGAAGAAGAAGAAGAAGAAGAAACAAGAAGCAGCAGCAGCAGGAGGAGGAAGAGGAGGAGGAGGAGGAGGAGAGUGUUGGAUGUAGCUGCUGGGUGUUUUGCGGCUGUUGUGUGGAAUGUGCGGCUCCUGCUCAGCUGCUCAACAACUUUGUGAAUCUCUGCUCUCAUGCUGAGAGGAGGACGCAGAGGAUGGGAGUUACCUGGUCCUCCAGAUGCCUCGCUCUCUUUCUAGCUCUCCACAUAGUCUCUGUGCUGCAGACGGUGCUGGUCAGUGCGGGUCAAUGUGACUCGGUGUUUAAAGGCUUCUCAGACUGUCUGCUUCAGCUGGGGGAGAACAUGGCCAACUAUCCCCAGGACCUGGACGACAGGGAGAACCUGCACAAGAUCUGCAGCUACUGGGAUAACUUCCACUCCUGUGCCACGACGGCGCUGGCGGACUGUCAGGAGGGAGCGACGGACCUCUGGGAGAAACUGAAAAAGGAGUCCCGCAACCUGGAUUUCCGUGGGAGUUUGUUUGAACUCUGUGGCAGCGGCAACGGAGCCCCCAGAUCAGCCGACGCCAGGGGCCUCGCCUUGGUCCUCACCACGCUGCCCACCAUACUGACUUGGCUGGCGUUUUAACAGAAAACACGGGGAAAAAAAAGAGAGAGCAAAAAAACAACACAACAGUGAAAAGAAGAAAAAAAGGAAAAACACAAAUGAAAAAAGAAAAUAGAAAAAGAGUGAUAGCUGCUCUACGAUACUGAAAAAAAAAAAAAACGACUUCAACAGGACUCAUCACCAGACGACGACACCCACAGUGGAUUUUUACUACAUCGCCAGGCGGCGGCCCGGUUCGCCUUCUGGGACAUCUGCAGGCCGUCCUCCUGGAGCGCUCAUCCAAUCACACGCCGACCUGACCCGGAGGUCGAUAACAUGAAAUAUUCAACACGCCAUCGAGCUGAAACGAUGACAAUGAUGAAAAUUUGAUGGAUCCUUGCCCGCUUACAAUCGUGGAAUUACACAGUAUUAAAGUCAACCAUGAAUUAUUGAUGUUUAGUAGGCUAGGCUCUGUGACUGCUGGGUGCUGACACAGGACCAGGCUAUAUAUUAGGGUUCCCGUAUAGCCUGAGGUCCACAUUCAUGUGCAACGCCAGGCCGAGCUUCACUCCACAAAAUCAAUAAGAGGAGCCGAGGCCGGAGCUCGCGUCAGACCGGCCUCCUGAUUCCAUCACGGACAGUUUUUCCUUUUUUUAUCGCGCCAAGUUGAGUGUGUUGAGCCCGGCAGGUGUGAUGGACCGAAUGCUUGACAGUGAUGUGAUGUUUGUGUUCUUAUUGGCUGUUUAUCGUGCUCGGGCCACGGUCACACCAGCUGGCACCACGUGGCGUUUUAAAGGAAUCGUCCCAAUCGGCAGAAGUCAGAUUUUUUUUUCCCACCAAAAACAAAAGCAGAACUGCAGCGACGGCAUCGACCCACGCAGCAUGGCUUACUGUCAACCGUGUGCCGGCGGCAGGUGUGUUUUAAAAUCUAGAGUAUUUCAGUUCUGGUUCUGUUGAACCGGAUCGCUCGCCAUCAAUGAAAUGGACGCCACGUGCAGAGGUCAGUUCCUGGUGUGACCGUAGCCUUGUGUUUUCCCCCCACCGAGCUCUGAGGUGCAGGGACGUAGUUGAGAGUGUAACGCCUGCUUUUCAUUACAGAACAGUUUAGACGGAUGUGAAACUGCAUGACGUCCGAUCAGACCGUCUCAGGACAUCUCAGGAAACGAGCACAAGCUGUGAAAUGUUGGUUACCGCUGCAGUUUGGUUCACUGAGUCGUUGGUUUCCGUCUCGUCAGUGAGGUUAAACUUACUCUAAAGAAACUUCGGCUGCUAGCUGGAGCUAAAUUUUACCCCAAAUCAGUCCUAAAAACUGAGUCCGUCUGUCGACCUGAGGGCUCAGAUAGAUCGGAUCUGAUUGGUCGACAGUUCGGUUCAGCAGCUAAACAAGAUGAAGGCUAGCUCACGUUAGCAGCUAGAGCAGAAUGAGACGGGUUAGCUAACAGUUUGAUUUGCUAGCGUGACCUCAUCUUGCUCGGCUGCUGACGGUGUUGAACACGAUGAUGAACUCUGGAGUUCGAACUGUAGCUUAAAGACGAACCUGACGUCUCCGUGAUGAAGCUAAACAUCGUCACGGCUAACUAGCUUCAGCUUAUUGUUGUUAUUAUGGACUUUGAACCCUGAAUUCAGAGAGAACUUCUGUAUAACUGGUGCGUGAGUUCACAUUUACACAGAUUCAAACAGUGUAAAUGUGAACUAAUGCUGAGUUAUACAUACAUUUAAAUCAGGAAGUGAAUCCAGAUCAUGUGUGAAGCUGCUGCAGACCAACGUUUCUUCUUCUUCUGUCUGUUUCUCGCUCGAAUCAGGCAUUGCGCUCGUUCCCUGAGAUCCCACGAGACUCUUAAAGUGGAGGGCGAACACGUCAGCUUGGCGGGAACGCCGUCAGAAUCAUAGAACAUGAACGAGUCUGUGAGCGAAAGAAAGAAAGAAAGAAAGAAAGAAAGAAAGAAAGAAAGAGACGAUGUUUUCAGAAGCCGACAGCAAUACGAAGAGACGACUUCACGGCCAGUGUAGCUAAAAAAAAAACAAAAAAACACCCAACCGUGGCUGAAGAGAGUUCGACUGUUGCCAUUUAGCACAUCCCCCCUUUCUCAUCCGCCGGCGAUCCAUCCUAGACGAGCGUAGAGGCGUUUAUAUUUUAGGUCUGUAUGUUAGAUUAAAGUCCCGACAGUACAGUAGCAUCACCAACUGCGUAAAUACAGUAAGUAAACACGGAGGAGGGAGGUUGUUCGUUUCCACGGCCGUCUGACAACAAGAUGUGUUCUUCUGUUCGUUUGUUUGUUGGUUUGUCUCUUCGUUCGUUCGCGGGGACGUCGCGUAACUAAAAGAGUUAUUAAAACAAAAAAAAUUAAAAAGAGUUUAUUCCUGAAAUCAUCUAGCGAGAGAGAAAAAUGUAUAUCAGAGGAUUCUGAGAAAAUAAAAACAAAGCUCUAUUAUAGAUUAUAGUCUAUCCCGGACAGUUUUAACAGAUUGAUACUUUACAGAUUAUAGAAACUACUGAGAUAUUAAAGAAUAAAAAUAAAAGAUUGCUAAAAUGAUAAAGAGUAAUAAAUAAAAAUGAAUAAUG